AUGGUGAAGGAUCGUAGCCGAAGCCGAGAAAGGGAUCACGAAAGGCGACGUGGUCGGUCCCGUUCUCGUUCUGCAGGCCGAUCGCGAGUGGCCGAGAAAGAUCGUGGACGUCGUCGCAGUCAGGAACGCCGACGCUCAAGAAGUCCGUUGGAUCGAAGGCGUAGUCGAAGUAGGGAAAGAAGGGAUGACUGGCGACGCCAUGACGGCGUUGAGAAACCGCGAAAGGAACAGCAUGAAAAAGAAAAGGAGCCGAAGGAAGGUAAUUAA